AUGUGGCAUUGGUCUUUGUCAGAAUCCUGGAGGGAUGCUCAGAGUCACUGCAAGGGCUCAUCAUCUGAUCUAGUGAGCAUACACAAUCAAAAUACAGAAAUGUCAACUAUGACAGCAGCACAACUUCUCCCAACAUCUUCAGACUCAACUCCAACAGCCACUGUCAACAGCCAGAGUUUCAAUCAGGAAAACCUGGUACUUAUCCAGGAAAACAUGAGGUGGAUUGAAGCCAUGAGUUACAGCAGGGAGCACCAUAUCGACCUUAUCCACAUUACCACCAAAGACAUUCAAGACUUGGUGAUUGAAAAGGUGAAGAAUGCCACAUCAUCCCAUGUUUGGUUGGGCCUGCGUUACACCUGUAGUUUUCAGUGUUGGUUCUGGAUCGAGUCGACUUUCAGCUGCCACCAGAAGUGGGUGCCAGGACACGGUCCUGAUGAAGUUUAUGACUGUGGUGUUAGUGGUGCCAUUGAGGCCACUGGGAGGCAGCAGUGGGCUGGCUUGCCUGAGAAGGAGGAGCUGAAUUUUAUCUGCUAUGCUUCUGCUGGAUGA